CCUCAAGAGGCUUCUGCCGCGCACGAAGAGGACCGUGCGGAAUAAAAAGCCCCAACUUCGGUCGUUUUGUAUGUCUACGACGAAGAAACGAAAAACUUCAUCGAGGGAAGUUUCCGUCAUGGAUCUGCAGUGAUUUGCAGCGUUAAUUAAAUGAAAGUUUACGCUUCUGUUGUGGAUAGAUUAGUGCACUGACGAAGAGUGGGAGAUUUGAGAACAAGCGACGGUGGUAUUAGUAUUUUGUCGGGCUAAUAGUGUGGCGACAGGUCGGUGGUGGUUUGCCCCCGUUUGGGAUUCCCCCUCGAGGGAAUACAAGGACGACUUCGAAAAAGUGUGGAGUUUCUUUGAAGGACAGCAUCUUCGAUCCUCCACACAUUUGGCUUUCUGCUGCCAAAGUUUCCCGGUGCUAAGGUGCAGCCACGCCGGGAGAAGGCGCAGAGCGACGGCCGCCACUCUCCGGCUAGCUCGCCUGCUGUUUCUGCUUCUCGGAUCGAGGCCGUGUCGGCGAGGCGACAAUGCUUGACAUAAUGUCUGAACACCAAGAUUCACUGUUAACGUGUAAAACGGAACCUCUGCCCCCAGAGAAGAAGAAGAGGACUGUUGAGGACUUCAACAAGUUCUGCAGCUUUGUCCUGGCUUAUGCCGGUUACAUCCCCAGUCCAAAAGAGGAAAGCUCGUGGUCCCCAACAUCAUCCAGCUCUGCACACAGUUCAGGGUUGUCAGCAGAUGGUGGAGGUGGAGGGAGCAGCUCCAAUGGCAAUGCCUGGGCAGAUGGGGGCUCCGACAUCCACACCAUCCAUACAUUUGUCCGCAAAGCUCGAGCAAAUAAGGGCAAAAGUAUUCGGCGCAUGCACUCUGACAGCACCCUGCUGGAUAAGAUGCAGCUUAAAGACUCUCUGUAUGAGACCCAGGCCAGCACUAAGGGAGAGCGCAAGAAGGACAAAAAACUGAAAAAGCUGUCACUGGAUUCUGCCAUGGGGGCAGCAGAUAGUGGCAGCAGCGAGGGUGAGAAAAGAGCCCGUAUCAAACGCAGCAAGAACUCAAAACAGCCCAAAGCUAAGAAGCUCAAGAGUUCAGCUCCUCAAAGCGAGACUGACUCCGAGGCACGGAAUACGCACUCCGAGGUACGAGCUGGCAGGGAAGAGCUGCCUGGGCACGGGGGCUCCUCUUCGAGCAUGCAGAGCAUGGGGAAGGUGCAGCCAGACGAAUCCAUCAGGGAAGCAGAAAUGAGCUCCAGUGAGGGUGAGACAUGGAUCGCUGAUGAAGACAUUAUGGUGGAAUCAGGGGAUGAUUCAUGGGACUUGAUCACCUGUUACUGCGGGAAGCCAUUCGCGGGGCGGCCGAUGAUCGAGUGCAACCAGUGCGGCAUAUGGGUGCACUUGUCAUGCGCAAAGAUCAAGAAGUCAAACGUUCCCGACAUCUUUUACUGCCACAAGUGCAGGGACUUGAGGCGGUCGGGACACAAAAAAGACACUUAAAGCUGAGCAGGACUGGAGAAGAAAAGGAGCGUUUGAUCUGUUUUUGCUGUCGUCUGACACUUAACUUUCUUUGAUGCCUACAGCCAAAACAGCCUAAACUAUCACCCGGAGGGCAACUGUAAAGUCAGUUUGUUGGAUUUCUUUCGACAAUCACAACCAUUCUUAUUUAUCCCUCACGUCUAGUUUUCGUUCCCCCUUUUGCUACUGUGAAGAACUGGGAAAAAAAAGGCAAUAUUGACGGUUCCAAAUCAUUUUUAAGUUCUUAAUUGACGUCAGCAUUGAUUGGCUUUAGUAUUACAGUUCUGGUGAUGUGCAUAUACUUUUUUUUUCUCAAUAGUUCUCAUAUUGACUGAAGGUCCACUUUUGACUUGUAAAUUAUUUCUUGCGCAUAUUGACAAAUUAGUGAAAACCUUCUUCUUUGGUCUCCGGAGUACCACCCUGAGCUUGGUCCAAUCAUUCCCAACCUUAAAUCAAUACAACACAUGCAGAGUUGGGGAGAGGGAAGCCCAGCUUACAUUGUCAGUUAAGAGGUGGAUAAUGUCACUCCCGUUAUUACUUUAUACGCACGUCAUAAUGCCAGAUGGGCAGUUCGUUUUGGUUUCGAUCGUACUCUGGUAGUUUGUGUUGAGCUUUUUCUUGGGUUGUCUUUAAGCCUCCUGAAAUAAGAAGUUUCAAUUCAUUGACUUGCAUAAGAUUUAUCACUUUGCAUCUUCAUAUGCAUCUAGUUUUACUCAAACUGUCCUUUCAGCAGUGCACUUUUAAAACCUAAAUACACCCCCGCCUUUUUUUUCCCUUUUUUUUUUUUUUUUUUUGAAAAUUUGGGGCGGGGCUAAGAUGAGCUACAGCUAAUUAAAACCGGACUUGGUCAUGUGCAUUCAUGACAGCGUGCUUAGUGUUUCUCACAGUCCGGCUUAUUAAUCAGUUAGCCAUUAACCGUGAGUCAGUUUUUACUUAUGUGUUUGUUUGUUUUUUGUAUUUAAAUCAUCUGAUAUUGGGGCGGGGGGGAACGUUGCUGUAAGACGACUGGUUUGUUGCCCAACUUUACGAUGUCAAAGUAGCUCUGAGGCUCGUUUAUGAAUGGUUGUUUAAAAAAAAAA